UCCGCCAUCUUCUCUGCGCGUCCGGCGGGAGCGCUGCCUCUGCCCCCUCCUCCUUCUCCCUCCUCCUCCUUCUCCCUCCUCCCACUACGCUCCGCCGUCGCCGCCGGUCAGGGACGGGGCGACCGGGAUAGCGAAGGCCGCAGGGAAGGCGGGGGACGGGGGAGCAGCCCCGCGGGGGCGGGCGGGCCGCGGGGCGCCAGCCCGGGGGGUUCGUGCGGCCCCUCCGCUCGCCCUGCCGGCCGGCCGGGCCCCGCUCUCCAUGGGAUAAGCUGUAAACAUGUUCAGCUUUGAAGGGGAUUUCAAAACAAGGCCCAAGGUGUCCCUCGGAGGAGCGAGCAGGAAGGAAGAAAAGGCUUCUCUCCUUCAUCGUACUCAGGAAGAAAGGAGAAAACGAGAGGAAGAAAGGCGGAGGCUGAAAAACGCAAUAAUAAUCCAGUCAUUUGUAAGAGGGUACAGAGACAGAAAACAUCAAUACUCUAUCCAAAGAAGUGAAUUUGAUCGUUGUGCUAAUUUGGCUCAGUCUGGAGGAACCUUUUCCACUGCUAAUGGAGCGAAUUUGACCCUUCUGGUUCGCCAGUUACUCUUUUUCUAUAGACAGAAUGAGGAUUCAAAGCGUUUGGUAUGGAUGUGUCAGAAUUUAAUUAAACAGAGUUCUCAGUUUGUUAAGCAAUUGGAUGGUCCAGACAGACUUACUUGCUUAUUCCAAAUAAAAAGACUGUUGGGGCUGUGUUGCAGGCUACUGCAGAAUUGCAAUGAUGACAGUCUGAAUGUUGCACUUCCUAUGAGAAUGCUUGAGGUAUUUUCAUCUGAGAAUACGUAUUUGCCUGUUUUACAAGAUGUCAGCUUUGUGACAUCAUUAAUUGAACAAAUUUUGCACUACAUGGUUCAAAAAGGCUACUACAAGUCGCUUUAUUUGUUAAUUAACAAUAAGCUUCCCUCGAGUAUUGAGUAUUCUGAUGUUUCUCGUGUCCCUAUUGCAAAAAUACUUCUGGAGAAUGUUCUGAAGCCAUUGCACUUUACAUAUAGCUCCUGUCCAGAAGGUGCAAGGCAGCAGAUUUUUGCAGCCUUCACAGAGGAGUUUCUGGCAGCACCUUUUACAGAUCAGAUAUUCCAUUUCAUCAUUCCAGCGCUUGCUGAUGUGCAGACCAUUUUCCCUUAUGAACUCUUUCUGAAUGCACUAUUAUUAGCAGAAAGUGGAUGUUCAAGAAGAAGUGAUCAAGCCCCAUGGCUUUUCUACUUUGUGUUAACAGUUGGAAAAACAUAUUUGGGAUCCCUUUCAGAGGAAGGACUUCUCGUGUAUUUGAGGGUACUCCAGACUUUUCUCUCUCAGCUGCCUGUGUCUGCUGCUGGUACAAAAUGUCAAGAUGAAAACAGUGAUUCUGAAGAUGAGGAUGAGGAGAUCAGUAAAAUGACAACUACACCAGGUGAUGGGAGAAUAUCAGUCCAGUACAUAACUGAGGAGUGCCUCAAGAAAUUGGACACAAAGCAGCAGACAAACACUUUACUGAACAUGGUUUGGAGAGAUUCAGCCAGUGAAGAGGUCUUUACCCUGAUGGCAUCAAUUUGCCACACACUAAUGGUACAACACCGAAUGAUGGUGCCAAAAGUCAGGCUCCUUUAUAGUUUAGCCUUUAAUGCCAGAUUCCUGAGGCAUCUUUGGUAUUUGAUAUCUUCAAUGACUACACGGAUGAUUACAGGGUCUAUGGUGCCACUCCUUCAAGUGAUUUCAAGAGGCUCUCCAAUGUCUUUAGAGGACUCUAGCAGAAUUAUCCCUCUCUUCUACCUUUUCAGUUCUUUGUUUAGUCACUCACUUAUUUCUAUUCAUGAUAAUGAAUUCUUUGGUGACCCAAUAGAAGUUGUAGGUCAAAGACAAUCAUCAAUGAUGCCUUUUACACUAGAAGAGCUUGUAAUACUCUCGCGCUGCCUUCGAGAUGCAUGUCUAGGAAUCAUAAAGUUGGCUUACCCAGAAACCAAACCAGAGGUUCGUGAGGAAUAUAUUGCAGCAUUUCAAAGUGUUGGAGUAACAAAAAACACAGAAAUGCAGCAAUGUAUACAGACAGAACAGAAAAGGUGGAUUCAGUUAUUCAAGGUCAUCACAAACUUAGUGAAAAUGCUGAAAUCUAGGGAUACAAGGAGAAAUUUCUGUCCACCAAAUCACUGGCUCUCAGAACAAGAAAACAUUAAAGCAGAUAAGGUCACACAGCUGUAUGUGCCAUCAGCCAGACACGUCUGGAGAGUCAGGAGGAUGGGGAGAAUAGGACCACUGCAGUCUACUUUGGAUGUGGGUUUGGAACCAGCACCUCUUUCUGUAUCUGAAGAACGACAGCUUGCAAUUCUGACAGAGCUACCUUUUGUAGUUCCUUUUGAAGAAAGAGUAAAGAUUUUUCAAAGACUGAUCUAUGCUGAUAAACAAGAAGUUCAAGGAGAUGGCCCAUUUUUGGAUGGAAUUAAUGUCACUAUCAGAAGAAAUUAUAUUUAUGAAGAUGCUUAUGAUAAACUUUCUUAUGAGAAUGAACCUGACCUAAAAAAGCGCAUUCGUGUUCACUUGCUUAAUGCACACGGUCUUGAUGAAGCUGGUAUUGAUGGUGGUGGAAUUUUCAGAGAAUUUCUGAAUGAACUCCUCAAAUCAGGAUUUAACCCUAACCAGGGUUUUUUUAAGACCACCAAUGAGGGUCUGCUUUACCCUAACCCUGCUGCACAGAUGCUCGUUGGAGACUCGUUCGCCCGACAUUACUACUUCCUUGGGAGAAUGCUUGGAAAGGCUCUUUAUGAAAAUAUGCUGGUGGAGCUGCCAUUUGCUAGUUUUUUCCUCUCAAAAUUAUUAGGGACAAGUGCUGAUGUUGACAUUCAUCACUUAGCUUCACUAGAUCCAGAAAUGUACAAAAAUUUGCUUUUUCUAAAGAGCUAUGAAGGGGAUGUGGAAGAACUUGGAUUAAACUUCACCGUGGUCAAUAAUGACCUUGGGGAAGCGCAGGUGGUUGAGCUGAAGCCGGGUGGAAAGGACAUUCCCGUCACCAGUGCCAACCGGAUCGCGUACAUCCAUCUGGUGGCAGACUACCGGCUGAACAAACAGAUCCGCCACCACUGCCUGGCCUUCCGCCAGGGGCUGGCCAACGUGGUCAACCUCGAGUGGCUUCGGAUGUUCGAUCAGCAGGAAAUACAGGUUCUGACUUCUGGUGCACAAGUUCCUAUCAGUUUGGAUGACCUUAAGUCUUUCACAAACUAUUCAGGUGGCUACACAGCAGACCAUCCUGUAAUUAAAAUAUUUUGGAGGGUUGUAGAAAGCUUCACUGAUGAAGAGAAACGCAAACUCUUGAAAUUUGUGACAAGCUGUUCUCGACCACCUCUUCUGGGAUUUAAGGAGUUAUAUCCUGCAUUUUGCAUUCACAACGGAGGAUCUGAUUUAGACAGGCUGCCUACUGCCAGUACCUGCAUGAACUUGCUGAAGCUUCCCGAGUUUUAUGACGAGAACCUGAUGCGAAGCAAGCUCCUCUAUGCCAUUGAAUGUGCUGCUGGAUUUGAACUCAGCUGAGUCCAACCCAUGCUUAUCCAGAUGAUCUGCAGAAGAACGAACCAGUGCCUACUCUAUAAGCAGCACCCAUACCCAAGCAGUUUUAAGGGAAUUCUGUCUAUGUUUCUGCAGCUCUUGUGUCUUACCAAAUGCCCUCAAAUAGGUUUCAUUUCUAAACAGGAUUUCUUAGUUAGCUUCCAUUACUGAAUAUUGCGUUGACACUGCUUUAUGACUCAAAACAAUGAAUGCUGUGUGCAGUGUGGCUGAUUUCUGUGUUAAUGUGAAGAAAGAGCACAUUUAAAGAACAGUGACAUCUCAGUGAAAUUAACCAAAGAUGAAGCUUUGGCUUUGUGCUGUUCAAACAUAAAUAAUUUUGCAAACGGGCAAUAAAGUUGUGUACUGUGCGGUGCAUUGGGACAAGACAGGGCUAACAUCCUGUAAUUAAUCUUUUAAAAGGAAGGCAAGCAGAUGUUUGCAGAUAUCCCAGAACUGAGAGGAUGAAAAUGCUCAUUUCUGGCAACCUGACAACUUACAUUGUAGAGUUGUUUACAAAUCAUAGAGAGAUGGGCAAUCCCCAACCAUAUGAAAUUUAACCAGGGCAAUUGCUGGGUUCUGCACUUGAGACAGGGCAGCCCUGGCUGUGGGAUAGACUGGGGAAUGAGAGGCUGGAGAGCAGCUGUGGAAAGGGACCUGGGGGUCCUGGUUGAUGGCAAGUUGAACACCAGCCAGCAGCACUCUGGCAGCCAGGAGGGCCAGCCCUGUCCUGGGGACAUCAGGCCCAGCAUGGCCAGCUGGGCAAGGCAGGGGAUUGUCCCCUCUGCUGUGCACUGAGGCAGCCUCACCUCGAGUGCUGGGGCAGAUUUUGGUGCCACAAUAUAAAGAAGACUUUGAGCCAUUAGAGAGCAUCCAGAGGAGGCUGUAAGAGUGGUGAAGGGCUUGGUAAAGAGAUAUUGUUAAUGACAAUAAAGUGCAAAAAGUAAAAAAGGCCUGGAGGAGACUGAAGGGAGACCUCACUGCAGUAACAGCUCCUCGUGAGGGGAAGAGGAGAGGCAGGCACUGAUCUCUGCUCUGUGGUGGCAGUGAUGAGACCUGAGGAAACAGCAUGGAACUGGAUUUGGGGAAGAUUCAGGUUGGGUAUCAUGAAAUGGUUUCCUCACCCAGAGGGUGGUUGGGCACUGAACAGGCUCCCCAGGGCAGUGGUCGCAGCCCCAAGUCUGCCACAGUUCAAGAAGUGUUGGAACAAUGCUCUCAGACACUUGUUGUGACUCUUGGGGUGUCCUGUGCAGGACCAGGAGUUGGACUGGAUGAUCCUGAUCAACCCCUUCCAACUCAGCAUAGUCCAUGAUUCUAGGAUAGUUGUUGCAGAACUGAUUUUGUUUCAUAUUGCCUUCCCUCGAGAUGAUAGACACUGAGAUAAAAUGGGUGUAAUAUUCCAUUUGUGCUUUCUGAAACACUUGGAAGAAAACAGAUUUGCAUUAUUUUAAGUUCAACCUUUGCUGCAUCAUUAUCACUUGGACACUGUUCUGAAUGGAUGUGACUUUCCAGGUUUUCUCUGUCCUGUUUCUGUCUUUUGUGCCUGUACAGGUUUGUUGAUUGGUUGGUUGGUUUUAAAUGAAUCAGUCUCCUAUUGCAUACAGUACAUAUAGAAGUCACCACUUUGGAAAAAUAUACAUGUAAUAAUUAUUAAAGUUAUUUGAACCAAAGUUAUCAGGCUUUAUCUUUUAUAUUUGAAGCCUGUGGUGUUCACAUUCCUUUUCCCUAUUAUUUCUCCCCAUCUUAAAUACCGUAUGUGUGCCGUAGACACUAAACAAAUUAACUUUUUUUUUGUGAUUAAACAGCUUUUAUAUCCAUUUCCCUGCAGUAUUUCUGCCGAGAAAAGUAAGUGGGAAUAUGCUGCUUAAUAUAAUUUGAUAUCUGGGUAAAAAAUUGCUCUCAUAUGGAAGGAGCUUAUCCUCCAAUAGUAGGCACAUCGUAGGGUUUCGUAUGCAAACUCCAGUGAGUUUAGAAAAGGAAUUAUAGUUCAGACUGUAAGAUUGAUCAGUCCAUCCCUCUGAACUUCACUUUUAUAUUUUAAAUAAUCCAAAAUUACAAUCAAAUUUGUAUUCAUCUCUUAUGCAAAAAAAUAUUUUGCUGUUACUGGAAACUCUGCUGGAUUUCCUAUUUAAUAAGCAGUAACCAGCAAUAUCCUUUUAAAUGUGGGGAAACUGAGUGGUUUUAAGAUGUUUACUAGUAACCAUAUAAAAAUGUAUAAUUUCUUAAUUUGGGUAAUAAAUGAAGUGUUAAAAUACUAUUUGUAGUCUUGAUGUACAGAAAUAAAAUGAUUGGUUUUC